GCUUGAGCUCCUCAAGCGGCAAUUUUCGUCACUUCGGCCCUCCGCUGGGCGCUCCGCUACCAUGCUGUGCCUACUCUCCGCCGCUGUGGGCGCUCCGGUGCCCUCAACGCAGCCUCCAGCCGAGAAGCUUCUGUCGACGCCUUCAACGAAGGGCGGCUGGUACCCGGUACCUCCUGCCCGCUCUCGUCUCCUUCCCUGCAUGCCCACUCACACGGGUGGCCGCUGCUCCGUGCAGGGCAAAUUGCUCAUGGAGGCCGCCUCCGACGUCAAGGAUGGCACGUAUGUGCCGGGGAAGCGGCUCGACGAGAUGGUUGAGGAGUCCAACGACACCGGCGCGUGGUACCCUGGCAAGCUCGUGCACGAUGCAGUGGAGGACAUGGAGAACGGCACAUACGUGCCCGGCGCCGAGAUCCACAAGAUGGUGACCAAGAGCGAGGAGAAUGGUUCCUGGUUUCCGGGAAAACACUUGGGCGAGGCGGUCGCCGCGGCCGCGGCCGAGUUUCACGCGGAGGAGUUCCCCGUGCCGGUCGGCAUGCCAGAGGGCACGACGUGCAACGAGCUGCCGUCGUGGCUGCAGGACGCGAUCAACGACGUUGUGCAGGGCGUCAUCGCCGAGAUCCCCAACCACAAGACGCUCUCGCACCUCCCCGUGGAGGCCAAGGUGCGCGUCGGGAUGGUGGACGCGGAGGUGCGCAACCUGACGGUGCGCUCGCUCCAGAUGUCGCGAAUCACGAUGGCGGAGUGCCGCUCGCCACGCGAGGGCCUCGCCAGCUUCGUUCCCAAGCUCCUCCCCGACGUUGUGCUGGUGCACGCCAAGGACGUCAACCUCACGCAGGGGCUGCAGUUCCAGACGCCGGGCUUCCUCGGCGGGCUCGGCUCGAUCGGCGCCUCGGCCGUCAGCAACCUCACCGGCCACCUCAACCUGACCAUCGUCAACGGCAAGAACGGCAACGCGACGCACGUGACCGGAUGCGACGCGACCUUUGCCAUGGGCGACACUUCCGUCGCCGGCCCGGCUGGCCUCAACCUCGACGUCGCGGCGGUCCCGCUGCCGCUGCCGAUUGGGGCCAUCCUGUGCUACGGCCCCGCGGCGCUGCUCGGGCCCGCCUCGGGCCUCGUCGGCGUCGAGCUGCAGGGCGCGGGCGUGCUAGCCGGCAAGACCCUCGACGAGGAGUUCAGCGGGCUGGUGGACAUGCUCAACAAGUUCUUCAAAAAGUAUAGCUGGUACGCCGGCAAGUACGCGGGCGAGGCGGCGGACGCCAUCGCCGGCGGCCAGGCCACCCGCUCAGCGGAGAAGACUGGCAAAAAGGUGGAGGAGGAGGCGGAGGAAGCGGCGGAGGAGGCGGAGGAGGAGGCGGAGGAGGCGGUCGAGACGUGGUAUCCCGGCAAGUACCUGAGCGAGGGCCUCGAGGACAUGCACGAGGAGAUGCACAGGCUCUCCGGGAAGCCCUCGUCGCCGCCUUCGCCGCCGCCGGGCAACUGCUGGGACGCGUGCGGCAGCAAGGGCGGCGCGUGCGACGAGUUUUGCGGCGAGGGCUAUGCGUGCUGCCAGGGCGGCUUCGACGACCCGCACCCGUGCCCCAAGUCGCUGCCCACGGACCGCGACUACCACUUCUGCGUCCCCGCCGCGGCGGACGACGGCCACUGGUUCCCCGGCAAGCACCUGAUGCAGGGGAUGGAGGAGGUCAAGGAGGCGCUCACCUCGUCACCGCUUCCGCCCGCGCAGCCGCCGUCCCCGCCGCCGCCGCCGCCGCCGCUGCCCGCCAACUGCUGGAGCGCGUGCGGCGGCAAGGGCGGCGCCUGCGACGACUUCUGCGGCGAGGGCCAGGCGUGCUGCCAGAGCGGCUUCGGCGACCCGUGGCCCUGCCCCGAGUCGAUGCCCGACUCGCUUGCAGCGCUCGACUUCCACUUCUGCGUCGCCGCAGCGCCGCCAAUGCCGCCGUCGCCGCCCGCCUCGCCAUCGGGCGGGUGGAUCCUUGGGUAAGCGCUCGUUCCAACCCAGGGUUGUCUAAUGGGUUCGUGCGCGGCGGUGCAGCGGUGCACCCCACACACGAGAUGCUCGAUCGUUUACGGCGGGUCAACAUGUUCAGACACACUCUUAGAGUAGCCCUUUCGUCACGAUGUCACGGAGGACACGCAGCACAGAAGAAAGAGACAGAGACAGACAGCAUUAACAGUCCCAGCCGUAAUAUACUUAAUAGAUAAUACUUAAUAGAUAAUAGGGAGCGAGCGAUAUACACAGGUAUGUGCGGACUGCUGUGUGACACUUGUGCGCGCGUGUUGUGUUUAGACACAGUGUUGUUUUGUGUGCUACGUCGGCUGAAUUAGAGUAUAGUACACCG